AUGAAUCCAUCUGGUAGUCACCCAGCUGAUGCGUUCACUGGGGCCUCAUUGCCGUUCGAAAGGAAUUCGUCUCCACCGGCGCGUCCUCGUGAUGCACCCAAAUUAAAUCAGGUCGCUGGGUCUAAGGGAGCCAUAUCCGACCGCACAAAAAUCUUCAAACAGGAUGCUAAACCCAAUUUAACUCAGGUGGCCAAUGAAUAUGCUCGUCAGCAGCAAAUGUUUGGACUUACCGGCCUGCCUGUGAAGCGAAAACGUGGAAGGCCGCGCAAAUAUACCACGUUGACUGUUUUUCAGACGCCACCGGCCACACGUUCUCCCCAGCAUUCCGGCGUUUCCACUGCACGAAACAGUAUGCCUUCUUUUUCCUACACUACGGCCACAGCGGGCUCACAACCCAUACAGUCAGCAACGACACCAACCAUUGCUUCUUCAACCGUCAUGCCCACUCUUUCAAUCUAUACACCCCUUACCGUGGGCGCUCCUCUGCCUGGACUUUAUUCAGCUGGUCUGCUUCUUCCAGGCCCCAACAUGCCUUUGAAUAGUUUGGACACAGCUGUGGCACGAACGGACUCCCCAGUUACAGGUAAUGUGGAUUCCAGUUCCACAAGUUAUACCUUAGCGAUGACCGUGUCUAGCCAACAUUCGGGAAGCACUGAACCUGCUGUUGCCCGAUCGCCACAGGCCCUCGACUCGACGCCACAGCAUUCGAACAGCAGCCCAUCUAGUGUACCUCCCGGUCUCCCAGUUGACCAGAACUCAUCUUCGUGUGAUGCCUGUUCUGCACACACCCUCAGUGGUAUGAAUCCUUGUGUUGAUUCUUUUGUGGGCUCUAAUGUCUCUGCUUGCUCCGUUACCAGCUCAACGUCCGUCUGCAAGUUUUCCGGCUCUUCCGUCAUACCUGGGUGGUGCAACAAUUCAGGCACAAGUACUGCCACACCAACAGCGCUCUGUAUGUCUCCGCACGUCUAUCUGGAUCCAAGCCGACCUGCGCCAUCGGUGAUGGAUGUAUGCCAAUCAAACAGCGGUACUGAUUUUCCCAUUAAUCCCUGUUCUGGUCGAAGUGAGUUGGAUCUAAUGACUCGUCUUCUCCCUCAAGCUACCGCUGCCUUACGUGCCUCAAAGGGAGCCGGUUUGUCUGGUCCGCACUCAUGGAACGUGGAUAUGGUGGGAAGUUUUAUUGGCACGCUUCCAGGCUGCAAGCAGUUUGCAUCAAAGUUCACGGAAAACGAGAUCGAUGGUGCAGCACUGCUGUGUCUUGAGCAGCAUGAUUUGAUGCAGAUACUGGGAAUGAAACUUGGCCCUGCUGUUAAAGUUGCUGGUGCUAUCCAAACCCUCCGUAGAAGCUUGAUGGCCACCCCUGUAUCAGAACUUCAUCCGGAAUACGCCGGGGCAAUGGCUGCUGCAGUUUCUUGUUUCAGCAGCAAUCGACCGACUGCCUCUUCGCAGGUGGAUAGUCUACUCUCUGAUGAGAGUGAAAGGACAGUUGCCUUUGCGCCGUCUGGUCACUCAUCACAGCGAACUCCUUCCACAGGAGACGCAGUCUCGGUAGCGUGA